AUGUAUCGACAAAUACUCGUACAUAAAGACGAUCAAGACUUUCAGCGCAUUAUAUUUCGAAAUUCACCUAAUAGUCCAAUAUGUGACUAUAAACUCAAAACGGUGACAUUUGGCGUAAAUUGUGCCCCCUUUCUUGCCAUUCGAACACUUCACGAAUUGGCAAACGAUAUAAAAGAAAAAUUACCCCUAGCAACCCCGGUGUUAAAAACACAAACAUAUGUGGAUGAUAUCCUGUCUGGAAGCCACAGCUUACCCCAAGCGUACGAAGCACUAUCACAAGUAAUACAAGCCCUCAAGUCAGCAGGGUUCCCCCUAAAAAAGACAACCGCCAAUCACCCCGAAAUCCUAAAAGAUAUAAAUAAAGAAAGUUUAUUAGAUUCAAACUUCCUAAUAUUCGAAAAGGAAAGUACAACAAAAACCCUAGGCAUACAAUGGAAUGCGAUCUCAGAUAAAUUCUCAUAUACUCUUGAGUCGAUAUUUGCUCAAUCCGCAAUAACUAAAAGGCAAAUUCUGUCGGCUGUAGCGAAACUUUUUGACCCCACAGGAUGGCUUUCGCCAGUUAUGAUACAAGCGAAAAUCCUGAUACAAGAAUUAUGGCUAGACGGAACCGAAUGUGACGAGCAAGUGAAACCACUUCGCUUGGUAAAAUGGUCCCAAUUUGCUAACAACUUGCACGCUAUUGCAGAGAUACAAAUCCCUAGAUGGGUAAAUUACUCCCCCGAAUACCAAGUAGAACUGAUGGGUUCUGCGACGCCUCUGAAAAGGCAUAUUGCGCAACUAUAUAUGUGCGCACCCAAAUUAACAGCACAAUUUCAAGCCAUUUGUUAG